AUGUGCCUCUGUCAGUCCUGCUCACGCUGCUGACGGCUUCCGCUUUUUAACCUAGGCCUGUGUAUGGCUUCCGAAUACUGCUGCCUCCACCGCCACCCUGCGCCAUGUGCCUCUGUCGUCUGCUCACGCUGCUGACGGCUUCCGCUUUUUAAACUAGUCCUGUGUAUGUCUUCCGAAUACUGCUGCCUCCACCGCCACCCUGCGCCAUGUGCCACUUUCGGGUCUCCUCACACUGCUGCCAGGUCCAGAGUGUGUCAUGGGUCCCUGUACGGCCUCCCAUUGCUGCUGACGACUUCAUCGCCAGACUCUGCCAUGUGCCACUUUCAGGUC